AUGCCAAGAAAGGGCAAUUCCAUGGCAAGUUUGUUUCAGUUAUGCUCCGAAAAGCUAUUUUCUUUUGUGAAUCUUCUGGAGAAAAUAAUACAACCGUUUGUUUGAGCGGGUCCAUCACCCCACAGCAUUUCACCCACCGGCCAUUUCACCCACCGUGUCUGCCCAACUGCAUUGGUCCGUCGGCAUUUUUGCUAACUAUCACAACGAUACCAUCGUUCUGUUUCUCUAUGUAGCUAACCGGCAACAUCAGCGAUACUUCAAUGCCUCAAGUGGCUAGCGCGCGGAACACCAUUAACGUUAGUUGACAGUUGCACUUUGUGACAAGCUGUCUGCUCUCCUGAGGUAGACCACUGAUGGAGCAGCAGCCAAUAGGCUCUGGGGACAGUCUUCGUCAUGUUUCCGUGUGUUUCCUCCUGGCCCUCUGCUGAGCCCCCGUCGCCCUGUGGCCAUGCCCCCCAGCCCACACACACUCACACACAGCCCCUGCUGUGCAGCGGCCCUGCCCCAACAAUGAACCCUCACCCCCACCCUGUCCCAGACUACAUGGAGUCCCUCAUCGUGGUGACCGAGUACGAGCCCAAGGGAGGUGAAGAGGUGGAGGACAUGGACAGCUCCGAGACCCCUGAGCCUGGCGCACCCCUCUUCAGAACCCCCUCCUGCGACCAGCUGUCCCAUGCUGUGGGCCGCCCCGUGGCCCUGUUCCCCAAGCCCCAGGAGCACCGGGGAAGACUAAACCCGUCAGACAGGAAGCUGUCCCUGCAGGAGCGCUCCCAGACGGCCUCGUCUCCCUGUGGCUCCCCAGGGCUCAACGGCCACUUCAUCUACCCCUCGCUGCCCUACUCGCCCAUCACCUCGCCCCACUCCUCCCCCCGGCUGCCCCGUAGACCCACCGUGGAGUCUCACCGCGUCUCCAUCACUGACCUGCAGGACUGCGUGCAGCUCAACCAGUACAAGCUCAAAGAUGAAAUCGGAAAGGGCUCAUAUGGUGUUGUCAAGCUGGCCUACAAUGAAGACGACAACACCUACUAUGCAAUGAAAGUCUUGUCCAAGAAGAGGCUGAUGAGGCAGGCAGGUUUCCCACGGAGACCGCCCCCCCGCGGCGCCAAAGCAGCCCCUGAAGGCCCCCCUCAGCUCAAAGGACCCCUGGAACGGGUCUACCAGGAGAUUGCCAUCCUGAAAAAGCUGGACCAUCCCAAUGUAGUGAAACUGGUAGAGGUUCUGGAUGACCCUGGUGAGGACCAUCUGUACAUGGUGUUUGAGUUGGUCAAACAGGGGGCUGUGAUGGAAGAGAUGCCCACAGACAAGCCACUGAAUGAAGACCAGGCACGGUUCUACUUCCAAGACCUGCUCAGGGGGAUUGAGUUCUUGCAUUACCAGAGGAUCAUCCACCGGGACAUCAAGCCCUCUAACCUCCUAGUUGGGGAGGACGGUCAUAUUAAGAUCGCUGACUUUGGGGUCAGUAACCAGUUUGAGGGGGCAGACGCCCUUCUGACCAGCACGGUGGGCACGCCCGCCUUCCUCGCCCCAGAGACCCUCUCCGAGACCAGGAAGAACUUCUCUGGCAAGGCAUUGGAUAUUUGGGCCAUGGGAGUGACGCUCUAUUGUUUCGUGUUUGGAGUGUGUCCCUUUAUGGAUGAACGCAUCCUUCGUCUUCAUCAGAAGAUCAAGACCCAGCCAGUGGAGCUGCCAGAGCAUGCAGACAUAUCUGACGAUCUGAAAGAUCUGCUACUGAAGAUGCUGGACAAGAAUCCAGAGAGCAGGAUAUCAAUACCACAGAUUAAGGUGCACCCAUGGGUGACGAGGCACGGAGCGGAACCCCUCCCUCUGGAGGAUGAUAACUGCUCCAUGCUGAUUGAGGUGACCGAGGAGGAGGUGGAGAACUCUGUCAAACACAUCCCCAGUCUGGCCACUGUGAUCCUGGUGAGGACCAUGCUGAGGAAGCGCUCCUUUGGGAACCCCUUUGACUGGGGCCGUCAGAGGACCGAGGACAGAGGCACCAGCCUGUCUGCAUCGGGACACAUGCUCACGAAACAAGCGAGCAUGGAGGGCAUGAGAAGCAUGGAUCUGCCCUUCGUGGGAGAAGAUGAGGCUCUUUCCUGAUGCCGUGUGGUUUUUAAGCGCGAGGGUUGGGGCAUGCUAGUGACUCGACUUGCAGUCCGCCCUCAAGCCCACCUUUCACUCACUGCUAUGUUAUGUUGUGGCAGCCACCAAUGUUUUUGUUUUUUUAGGUGGACGGGACUGUUGGAAGAGCUCCAUGACUUGUAUAGAGACGUGACUGGAGCCUGGACAUCUUUCUGGGGGAAGCUCCCUUAUUGUCACUCACUAACCCCCUGUCUGUAAUGCAUGCUCAUGUUUCUAGUCAUAGCAUGCUCUGUCUCAGGCCUCUGAUGUACAGGUCUGUUUGCCUAGGUACCUGUGUUUCUCCACCCUCUCCACCAUUUGAAAAGACUCACGUUUAAUGUAGAGGUAUGUGGGAGGGGGUGUUUAUGGAUGGUUGUACAUUUCAAAGGGUGACUCCUGGUCCCCACAUUUCAGCAGUUUCAGUAGUUGACUAUGUUUGUCUGUACCACUCAUCAAUGUGGACAGUUUAGGAACAUUCAUGUUUUCAGUGGAAACCUGUAUAGGAGAGGUUUAUUGAGAUGAAAAAGGGUUACUACAUUCAUAGCAUGUGUCUGUUGAUUUCUCAAUGCAAACAUUGUAGAAGCGACACAAGUUGCACAUUAAUAGAAUGAGUUGUUGCUGCACAACACAAUGUAUUUGUUUUAUUUAUUAAGUCCUCACAAAUGUCUCCCAGUUACGACAACUGGUGAAGAGCUUUUAAAAACGUAAUGUAACUAAAUGUUUCUAAUAUAUGUGUUUAGCAAAGGGGAUGAUACAGUGUUGAAGCUGAAAUCAAAAUCACGUUUGUUUCUUUUUGUAUGGUAAUAGAUUUACAGAUCUCAUUUUCAGAACACCAAAAAGAAAAUGGUUAUCAUAUUUUGUAAAGUAAUAUCAUUCAUAGAGAAACAAACACCUUUUAAACAAGUGCAUUGCAAUGUCAUUGUGAAAUUGUAUCAAUUACUGGCUCUUGCAAAUGAAUUUUAAUACCAAGCGUAUAGCCUAGUGCGGCUGCAGACCUCUUGUACAAUCUAUGCAUGACAUAUCCCUUAUGGAAAUGUUGGAAUUAGUUUGACAUGGAUAAAGUUGUCAUCAGAUAUGGUAAGAUACAAAUGAGAUGGUAGAACUUCGACAUUGCCAGUAGAGUGCAAUCUUUUAAAUUCUCUGCUUUUUCUCCAUUUUUAGAUGAGCCCAAAGUGGUGGAAAAAUCUCCCCAGUUCUCUAGUGGCAUGUGUUUUUAACAUCUUGCCCUUUUUGUAUAUAGUUAGACAAUGUUGGGGUACAGAUCACUUCAGUCACUGAACAGGUUUAUGAUUCCAUGAGAUAUUAUUGAAACAACAUUAAUUCAACAAUGAAUGCUUCCACAUAGUGAUUAUUUCAGCACCAAAGUGUCAUUUUCUUGCAUGUCACUGCUGUAUGUGAAAACACAGUUAUGUUUUUUAAGACUUACUAUGCACUCCGUCAGCCUGUCAUGUAUGCAGUGUUCGAUGGUAUCUGAGUGAGGAGGUCUCUGUAUAGCUGACCACUUACAGUGUCUUCAGAAAAUAUUCAUACCUCUUCACUUGUUCCACAUUUUGUUGUGUUACAGCUGGAAUUAAAAAUGAAUUAAAUCGUUUUUUUCUCUCACCCAUUUACACACAAAAUGUACGCAAAUGUAUUGAAAAUUAAGUACAGAAAUAGCUAAUUUACAUAAUUAUUCACACCCUUCAGUCAAUGCAUGUUAGAAUCACCUUUGGCAGUGAUUACAACUAAGUCUUUCUGGGUAAGCAUCUAAGAGCUUUGUACACCUGGAUUGUAGUAUUGGCCCAUUAUUCUUUACAAAAAUGUUCAAGCUCUGUCAUGUUGGUUGAUGAUCAUUGCUAGACAGCCAUUUUCAUGUUUUACCAUACAUUUUCAAGCAGGUUUAAGCCACAACUGUAAAAAUUCACUGUCUUGAUAAGCAGCUCCAGGGUUGAUUCUCCAGGCCUUGUGUUUUAAGUUAUUGUCCUGCUGAAAGGUGAAUUAAUCUCCCAGUGUCUGGUGGAAAGCAGACUGAACCAGGUUUUCCUCUAGGAUUUUGCCUGUGCUUAGCUCCAUUUCAUUUCUUUUUUUUAUGCUGAAAAACUCCAGUCCUUAACAAUUACAAGCAUACCCAUAACAUAAUGCAGCCACCACUAUGUUUGAAAAUAUGGAGAGUGGUACUCAGUAAUGUAUUGUAUUUGCCCAUAACAUAACACUUUGUUUUCAAGGCAAAAAUGUAAUUGCUUUGCCAAUUUUUUUGCAGUAUUACUUUAGUGCCUUGUUGGAAACAGGAUGCAUGUUUUGGAUUGUUUUUUAUUCUGUACAGGCUUCCUUCUUUUCACUCUGUCAAUUAGGUUAGUAUUGUGGAGUAACUACUAAGUUGUUGAUCCUUCCUCAGUUUUCUCCGAUCACAGCCAUUAAACUCUGUUUUAAAGUCACCAUUGGUCUCAUGGUGAAAUCCCUGAGUGAUUUCCUUCCUAUCCUGCAACUGAGUUAGGAAGGACACCUGUAUCUUUGUGGUGACUGGCUGUAUGGAUACACCAUCUAAAGUAUAAUUAAUAACUUCACUAUGCUCAAAGGGAUAUUUUUUUCUUACCCAUCUACCAAUAGAUGCUCUUAACAUUGGAAAAUCUCCCUGGUCUUUGUGUUUGAAAUUCACUGCUCGACUGAGUGACCUUACAGAUAAUUGUAUGUGUGGGGUAUAGAGAUUAGGUAGUUAUUAAAAAUCAUGUUAAACACUAUUAUUGCACACAGUAUGAGUCCAUGCAACUUAUUUUGACUGUCUUGUUAAGCUAAUUGUUACUCCUGAACUUUAGGCUUACCAUAACAAAGGGGUUGAAUACUUAUUGACUCAAAACAUUUCACCUUUUCAUUUGAAAUGUAUUUGUAAAACUUUUGAAAAACAUAAUUCCACAUUGACAUUAUGGGUUACUGGGUGUAGGUCAGUGACCAUAAAUCUUAUCUUAAAUUUAAUCUGUUUUAAAUUCAGGCUGUAACACAACAAAAUAUGGAGGAAGUGAAUACUUUCUGAAGGAACUGUAGUAUAAAAGUACCUGUUUGUGAGAUAGCGAUCUAACCAUCUUGUCAAAUGUUCAGGGGGGGCCCUUUUGAAAAUAAUGUAACAUUUAAAUUAUGGAUAAGAUACUGACGAAAAUUACAAGAUCAGUCCAAAUAAAAUAAAAAAUCGAAAUAUUCUAAUUCUGGAUGAACACAGUCAUGAUUCACAAUCAGGGGAGAAACUUUCAUUCUUUUUUAAAAAUCCAUGGAUAAACACUCCAAACGGCCUACCCAACUGCUCGGAGGUAUCCGCAUGGUCCUAAAGCACAGCACACUGCACCGCUGCCUCGUUUUGUAUCCCAUUCCAAUGAUAAAUCUGUGGGGGGACAAAAAUGCAAAUUCAGAAUGUGGGGGCUGACAAGGUUGCCCCCUGCUCACAAUUAAAAGUGUUCUCUUUUCUCUUUGUGUCAAAAUGUAUAGUACAAAAUAUGUUCUGAUAUAACCCACCAUCAUGGGUUUAAGUUAAACUGUUGAAAAUGUCGAAGACAAACCAUAUUUUAUCACCCCUCCACAUGAAAGUGCUCCCUUCUAAGAACAACAUAUCGAAGAAGAGGUUGGGUUUGACUACAGGGUUAAAUUAAAUUCUACCCCCAGGAUGCUGUAUGAUAUGUGUAUUUAUACAUAUAUUUCGUCUUCGCUUUUGUUUCAUCACAAUCUGUGCCCUAUUUUAUAGAAAGGGCUAGGAUUACAUUUACUGUCCAUAUCACACAAUGUCAUCCAUUGUAGUGAGACGUUGGGGCCUCUACCCAAAUGCAUGCCAACAUACUGUAAACAUACCAUUGAAUUGUUAUAGCAUGACAGAGCUUCUCACAAAACGGGAGCUCAUAAUUAAUUAUUCUAUUCAUCUUGCAUCCAGUUCUUUAUUUGAAUAAAUUGCAGUUGCCUUUCUGCAAUGUG